AUGUCCUUCCACUGCUUCCACGUUCUCCGCCAGCGCCUGGUGCUGCGCUCCAUGCGCGCGUGGCCCGCCUUCACCUCGCCAACGCCGGUGUUCCCGCCGGCCCCCUCUCGCGCUCUAACCUCUCUGCGGCGGCCGCGGCCACGCGUCCCCACGUGCUCGGCGACGCCGUCGCACCGCGGUGCGCGGGGUCUGGCGACGCGGCGAAGCGUGGUACCGGACGGCACGGUGCACCCGCUCAAGGCCGACGUCAGCCCCGGUGCGGGCGCCGAGCCGUGCGCGACCGUCCCCGUCGACGACGCGGGCCGUGUGUUGCUCAAGAACAUGACGCUUCUCGAGCUGGAGCGCUGGGUCGAACACGACAUGGGACACAAGAAGUUCCGCGCCAGGCAGCUGUGGAGGUGGCUGUACAAGUCGGACAAGCUCGUGGCUACGUUCGAGGAGAUGACUGAUUUGUCAAAGGACUUUCGCGAGAUGUUGAAAGACACGGCGAGGAUUGACGCUAUUGUCGUGGAUAAGGUCCAUGAGAGCGAGGACGGCACGAAGAAGGUCACGUUUCGAUUGGAUGCGGGGGGCGUUAUUGAGACCGUGCUUAUUCCGACGGAGGGGAGGACCACUGUGUGCGUUUCGAGUCAAUGGGGUUGUGCAUUGAACUGCCAGUUUUGCUUUACCGGGAGGACAGGGUUUAGGAGAUCGCUGACACAGGGAGAGAUUGUUGACCAGGUCGUGCAAGCAAAGCGCUUUUUUGAGCAGGGCGACAUGGGGAGGGUUUGUAAUGUUGUUUUCAUGGGGGAGGGCGAGCCGGCCCAUAACAUUGACAAUGUUCUGCGCGCAAUUGAUGUCAUGCUGGACACAAAGGGGCUGGACUUUAGUCAUAACAAGAUUACCGUGUCUACUUCUGGCCUCAUUCCGGAAAUCAAGCGCCUUGCGCAGGAAAGCAAGGCUAACUUGGCAGUUUCUCUACAUGCUACAAACAACGAGCUGCGGAGCUGGUUAAUGCCCAUCAACCGAAAGUACCCUGUGGAAGAACUGAUGCAGACGCUCAGAGAUGUGUUUCCGCGGCAGGCUGCACGUCAGCAGAAGGUUUUUUUUCAGUAUGUUAUGCUCAAGGGUGUCAAUGACUCGCUUGUUGAUGCCAAGGAACUGUUACGUCUUACAGCGGGCGUGCCUUGCAAAGUCAACCUCAUUCACUUCAACUCGCACGAAGGGACCGAGUUCGAAGCGAGCGAUGAAGGUACUAUGCUCGCCUUCCAGGACUUCCUCGUGAAGAAGGGAAUGACGGUCACAAUACGCAAAUCGCGCGGUGAUGAUAAGAUGAUGGCUUGCGGGCAGCUAGGCAAGCUGGGUCCUAGGCAGGCCCCGCGGAUGAAAGUUCCCGGGAAGUUUGAGCAUCUCGUCAAAGCUCGAGCGGCAUGA